GCCCGGCUGGAGAGACACCUGCAGCGGCCGCGAUGCCUACCAUGCGGAGGACCGUGUCGGAGAUCCGCUCCCGGGCCGAGGGUUAUGAGAAGACAGAUGAUGUUUCAGAGAAAACCUCUCUGGCUGACCAGGAGGAAGUACGCACUAUAUUUAUCAACCAGCCCCAGCUGACAAAGUUCUGCAAUAACCAUGUCAGCACCGCAAAAUACAACAUAAUCACAUUCCUUCCAAGAUUUCUCUACUCCCAGUUCAGAAGAGCCGCUAAUUCAUUUUUUCUCUUUAUUGCACUACUUCAGCAAAUACCCGAUGUCUCACCAACGGGUCGCUACACAACACUGGUUCCUCUCUUAUUUAUUUUAGCUGUGGCAGCUAUCAAAGAGAUAAUAGAAGAUAUUAAACGACAUAAAGCUGAUAAUGCAGUGAAUAAGAAGCAGACACAAGUUUUGAGAAAUGGUGCUUGGGAAAUUGUGCACUGGGAAAAGGUGGCAGUAGGGGAAAUAGUGAAAGUGACCAAUGGGGAACAUCUCCCAGCAGAUCUCAUCAGCCUGUCCUCAAGUGAGCCCCAGGCCAUGUGCUACAUUGAAACAUCCAACUUAGAUGGUGAAACAAACCUGAAAAUUAGACAGGGCUUACCAGCCACAUCAGAUAUAAAAGACAUUGAAAGUUUGAUGAGGAUUUCUGGCAGAAUUGAAUGUGAAAGCCCAAAUAGACAUCUCUACGAUUUUGUUGGAAACAUCAGACUUGAUGAACUCGGCACUGUUCCCCUGGGGGCCGAUCAGAUUCUGCUCCGAGGUGCUCAGCUGAGAAAUACCCAGUGGGUCCAUGGAAUAGUCGUCUACACUGGACAUGACACCAAGCUGAUGCAGAAUUCAACAAGUCCACCACUAAAACUCUCAAAUGUGGAACGAAUUACAAAUGUACAAAUUUUGAUUUUAUUUUGUAUUUUAAUUGCCAUGUCACUCAUCUGCUCUGUGGGCUCAGCCAUUUGGAAUCGAAGACAUUCUGGAAAGGACUGGUAUCUCAAUCUCAACUAUGGUGGUGCGAAUAAUUUUGGACUGAAUUUCCUGACAUUCAUAAUCCUUUUUAAUAAUCUCAUUCCUAUCAGCUUGUUGGUCACAUUGGAGGUGGUGAAAUUUACCCAGGCAUACUUCAUAAAUUGGGAUCUUGACAUGCAUUAUGAACCUACAGACACUGCUGCUAUGGCUCGAACAUCUAAUCUGAAUGAGGAACUUGGUCAGGUAAAAUACAUAUUUUCUGACAAGACUGGAACUCUGACAUGCAACGUGAUGCAGUUUAAGAAGUGCACCAUUGCUGGAGUGGCUUAUGGCCAUGUCCCUGAGCCUGAGGAUUAUGGCUGCUCUCCUGAUGAAUGGCAGAGUUCACAGCUUGGAGACGAAAGAACAUUUAGUGAUUCAUCAUUGUUGGAAAACCUCCAAAACAAUCAUCCCACCGCACCUGUAAUAUGUGAAUUUCUUACAAUGAUGGCAGUUUGUCACACAGCAGUACCAGAGCGAGAAGGGGAUAAGAUUAUUUAUCAAGCAGCAUCUCCAGAUGAGGGAGCGUUGGUCAGAGCAGCCAAGCAGUUGAAUUUUGUUUUCACUGGAAGGACACCUGACUCCGUGAUUAUAGAUUCUCUAGGACAGGAAGAACACUAUGAACUGCUCAAUGUCCUGGAGUUCACGAGUGCUCGCAAAAGAAUGUCUGUGAUUGUACGCACUCCAUCUGGAAAGCUACGACUUUACUGCAAAGGAGCUGACACUGUAAUUUAUGAUCGACUCGCAGAGACUUCAAAGUACAAAGAAAUUACUCUCAAACACUUAGAGCAGUUUGCUACUGAAGGGCUCCGCACACUCUGCUUUGCUGUGGCUGAGAUUUCAGAGAGCGACUUCCAGGAAUGGCGAGAAGUUUACCAACGAGCCUCCACCGCGCUGCAAAACCGGCUACUCAAGCUCGAAGAGAGCUAUGAAUUAAUCGAAAAGAAUCUUCAAUUGCUUGGAGCUACAGCCAUUGAGGAUAAAUUACAAGACCAAGUGCCUGAAACAAUAGAAACACUCAUGAAAGCAGACAUUAAAAUCUGGAUCCUUACAGGCGACAAACAAGAGACUGCCAUUAACAUUGGACACUCCUGCAAACUUUUAAAGAAGAACAUGGGAAUGAUUGUCAUAAAUGAAGGUUCUCUUGAUGGCACUAGGGAAACACUGACCCGCAUCUGCGCAACCCUAGGUGAUGCUCUUCGGAAAGAGAAUGAUUUUGUUAUUAUUGAUGGGAAAACCCUCAAGUACGCCUUAACUUUUGGAGUGAGACAGUAUUUCCUGGACUUGGCUUUGUCAUGCAAAGCUGUAAUUUGCUGCAGGGUUUCUCCUCUUCAAAAAUCUGAAGUUGUUGAGAUGGUUAAGAAACAAGUCAAAGUCAUCACACUUGCAAUUGGCGAUGGAGCAAAUGACGUCAGUAUGAUCCAGACUGCACACGUUGGAGUUGGUAUCAGUGGCAAUGAAGGCCUUCAGGCAGCUAAUUCUUCCGACUACUCCAUAGCACAGUUCAAGUAUUUGAAGAAUUUAUUGAUGGUUCAUGGGGCCUGGAACUAUAACAGAGUCUCCAAGUGCAUUUUGUAUUGUUUCUACAAGAAUAUUGUCCUCUAUAUUAUUGAGAUCUGGUUUGCCUUUGUGAAUGGCUUUUCUGGACAGAUCCUCUUUGAGCGAUGGUGCAUAGGUCUUUAUAAUGUGAUGUUCACAGCAAUGCCACCCUUAACUCUUGGAAUAUUCGAGAGAUCAUGCAGAAAGGAGAAUAUGCUGAAGUAUCCUGAACUGUACAAAACAUCCCAGAAUGCCCUGGACUUCAACACCAAGGUUUUCUGGGUUCAUUGUUUAAAUGGCCUCUUCCACUCAGUUAUUCUGUUUUGGUUUCCACUAAAAGCCCUUCAGUAUGGUAAUGUAUUUGGAAAUGGGAAGACCUCAGAUUAUCUACUACUGGGAAACUUUGUCUACACGUUUGUGGUGAUAACAGUGUGUUUGAAAGCUGGAUUGGAGACAUCAUACUGGACCUGGUUCAGCCACAUUGCAAUUUGGGGUAGCAUCGCACUCUGGGUAGUGUUUUUCGGAAUCUACUCAUCUUUGUGGCCUGCUGUUCCAAUGGCCCCAGAUAUGUCAGGAGAGGCAGCCAUGUUAUUUAGUUCUGGAGUCUUUUGGAUGGGGCUGUUAUUCAUCCCUGCAGCUUCACUGCUUCUGGAUGUAGCAUACAAGGUUAUCAAGAGGACAGCUUUUAAAACAUUAGUAGAUGAAGUUCAGGAACUAGAAGCAAAAUCUGAAGAUCCGGGAGCAGUUGUGCUUGGAAAAAGUCUCACCGAGAGGGCACAACUCCUCAAGAACGUCUUUAAGAAGAACCAUGUGAACUUGUACAGGUCUGAGUCCUUGCAACAAAAUCUGCUCCAUGGAUACGCUUUUUCUCAAGAUGAAAAUGGAAUCGUGUCACAGUCUGAGGUUAUCAGAGCAUAUGAUACCACAAAGCAGAGACCAGAUGAGUGGUGAUGGAGAGAAGCCACAAGGUGUGCAGGGAGAGUGAAGUCUCAGUGGGGAGCACUCAGAUCUUCCCCGCCAGCUGCAGACCAAUUCCAGCCUGGUGCAAGGAGGUGAAAAGUGGAUCUGAGCUCAUCUCAUUGAUCAAUGUUCAGAUUCCUGUAUAUUAUGGACAUAAGCACUGUGCAACUCUACUGUAACAUCUCUUUCAGAUUUUAAAAAGUAUUUGCUAAAUCUUUGUAAACAAAAAUGGAAAAUGACCUUGUAUUUUGCCAGGAGGCUUUCUUAAACAGAAGCUAGACCAGUAUGCUUUCACCCUCACUCUGGGGCUGUAGAAAUUGAGUGGAUAAAUCUGAAGAUGACCAACCAUUAGAAACACUCCAACAUGAUUAUAUGUUCAAAGGACUCUUGUAUUCUAGACUUAGAUUUCAGGAUAUGCUGGUCAAAACAAUAAACAACCAGCAUUCUUAAGAAACUUACCCUCCUUGUCGAUUAAAAUUUCUAAACAGAACAUUACUGUUUUUGUGUCCAAAAAAUGGUCUUGAUAAACGUUUGCCAAAGAAGUUCAAUAAAUGUAUUUCUUACUCAGUAGUCAUUUGCCCAGAAAUUUAAGAGAAAGUUAAAAUCCUGUCCUUUUGUAAGAUAAGACUUGCAUGCCAAGCUUUUCCCAUGUAAAAGUGAUUUGCACAGAUGAGUCUUUUCAAGGCAUUUGCUACUCAGAAUCUGUGGUGUUACCUCUGGCCUUACACAUGCUUCUCUCUUGUUCGUCUUGUUUAACUGUUCACGUGAGAGGGUACGCAUGUGGUGAUGUGGUUUUGUGGUCACAAAGCUGAUUUUUAAAACCCUGUGCGUCUUUCAGUCAUUUUUGGUAAAGUUUUAUCAUCUAGCUUUUUCUAUCUGUCUUCUGCUGUUUGAGU